CCAUAUUUUUGGCAUCAGUGACCAUUUGUUCGCCCCACACACAACACCUCACAAGUAUUUUGCAACAUGUAUUCCAAGAUCAUUGUUGUUCUGGCCCUUGUCGCCGCCGUCAGUGCUCAAAGCCACUACGGACAUCAACAACACUACCAGCCCCAGCACUACCAUCACGAAGAGGAGCAUCACGGACCAGUGCACUACGAAUAUAACUACGAUGUGCAUGAUGACCACACCGGUGAUGUUCACGGCCAGAAGGAGGCUCGUAAAGACGACUCUACUCAGGGCGAGUACUACCUGAUCGAUGCCGAUGGUCACAAGCGUACCGUCACGUACCACGUUGAGGGCAAGAGCGGAUUCAUCGCGGAGGUGCACCGUGAGCCGAUCAAGGGAUACCAGGCACCGCAGCCCCAGCACCACCAAUAUCAGCCGCAUCAUGGAGCGUCCGUUCAUCAAAAUAACCAUUAUUAGAAACAAAAUAUUGAAUUAGAGUAUUACUCGAAUAUUUCAAACGUUCUU